GCAUUGUUUGGUAUGGAUGGGAAAGGAUCGAAAGAGGAUAGCGAAGUGGAGGGCGCACUUGAGCCGGGAGGAGGUGACAGUUCAGCUGUGAACGGCUUCAGUUCGUCAUGUGCCAGCGGGCGCUUACGAGCUGAACGACUGGCGCUUGACAUCUGA